AUGGCCUCUUGGGAGAAAGUUUGUCUUCCAAAAUCUUAUGGUGGUCUCGGGUUUAAAGAGGGGACCAAAUGGAAUCAAGCUAUUCUAGCUAAAUACAUUUGGGCUAUCAAUGAGAAGAGAGACUUACUGUGGGUAAAGUGGGUUAACAAUGUUUAUCUCAAGGAGGUUUCCAUAUGGUCUUACGAGUUAAAAAUGGACACAAGCUGGUACUGGCGCAAACUAUGUAGAUUGAGACAAAAAUUUUCUCAUUCUGAGAUCUCGAAGGCAGGAAGCUCGGGUAAGUUCUAUACUUCUGCUUUAUAUAACAGUACCCUUCCUCCUACUCAAGUCAGCUAUCACAGGGCCAUUUGGAGUAGUCUCAACUUGCCUAAGCAUCGUUUUGUGCUAUGGCAAGUGGUGAACUCUCAGCUGUUAACGAAAGACAAUAUGAGUAAAUUUCACAUUGUCUUAGAAUCUAUGCUUUGUCCUGUUUGUGGAGACCAACCUGAAACUCAUCACCACAUCUUUUUUAACUGCUGCCUCUCUCGAAGGGUUGUGGAGCUAGUGUUUAAGUGGCUGGGAUUCAGAGGUUGGCCUAUGGACUUCGAUGGAAUAGGUGUGUUUUUGAAGGCUAUUCCAAAACUGAUUCUUUGA